GGCAGCAUGCAUAAGGGGAAAAUCCCUUUUACUGAAAAUGAGAAAAUUCUGAAGGAAUCCAGUAAAAGCAAUGUGUCCUAUAAAACUCGCCACCAGUAAUUGACCAUUUCAGCUCCUCAGCUGGUCCAUCUGCUUAGAAAGGACAAAUUAGCGCCAGUAAUUUGCUCCUAAUGUCCACCUGUCCUUAAUUUAGACAUGCGACAUCCUCAGCGUGUACGGUCGGUUUUAUUUUGGAUAUAAAGGUUAUUUAACUACAGUCGUGGUCUCAAACUCUUUCUUUAAAACAAGUCACUGAGCCCAUUGUAUAAAACGUUUGUUUUUAAUAAAUGUGUGUGUGAUACGUACAACUGAUCCGAGUUAGGUCCUGUCAGCCCCGUUCCACAUGAAAAAGCAGUAGAGAUGGGCGGGGGGAGCAGGAGGAGGGAACCGAGGGUCUCCUUCUGUGACUGACUGAGACUCGGCUAAAAGACAACAUAUUGUUGCAGGUUCUACAGUUCUUAUGCUUUGAGCGGCACCUGGCAGCUUUGCAGACCGGAUUUUUUGGGGUUUUCUUCGCUUUAAAUGUGGACAGGUAGAAACAUCACCUGUGGCAUUAAUGAAAUGGCAGGCUAAGGUUACCAAGCGCCAGGGAGUUACAGAGAGUGAUAUCGGGGACGAGUAAUGUUUUGAGGAGGCUCUUUUCCUAACCUCUUGAUGAAGUGGCCAGUAGUUCAGCAGCUAUUUUGUAAAACGGAGCUGCUGCCAGAGCCCUUCUCCUUGCAAAUGCGGCAUUGUUGAUUGUGGGCUCUGCAGAGGACAGCCGCUGCUGUUUGUUGUUGCUGCUGGUGGUGCUGCUGACGAUGAGAAUGGUGGAGGUGAUGGUGCUGCUGAUGGUGGUGACAGCGUGGAAGUUCAGGGAGAGACAAAUGUGGAUCUGCUCCACGUAAUUUUGGGGAUUAUAAUAAAUGAAGACUAAACGGAGCUCUACAACGCAAGGCAAUAAAAAUCUAGAAGCAACCAGAAAAUGUAAAGGAGUGCCCGAUUAGGUCUCGAUAUCACUAUGAACAAUGGCCCAGCUGUACUACAAAAAAGUGAAUUAUUCCCCAUACAGAGACCGGAUUCCACUGCAGAUUGUAAGAGCAGAAGCAGAGCUUUCACCAGAGGAGAAAGCAUAUCUAACUGCUGUAGAGAAGGGGGAUUAUGCCAGUGUGAAGCAUGCCUUGGAAGAGGCUGAAAUCUACUACAACAUCAAUAUCAACUGUAUGGAUCCAUUAGGUCGCAGCGCCCUUUUAAUAGCCAUAGAAAAUGAAAACCUGGAAAUCAUGGAGCUGUUAUUAAACCAUAAUGUGUAUGUUGGGGAUGCGCUUUUAUAUGCAAUAAGAAAGGAAGUGGUUGGAGCUGUGGAGCUGCUGCUGAACCACAGGAAGCCAAGUGGAGAAAAGCAGGUACCCUCCCUCAUGAUGGACACCCAGUUUUCAGAAUUCACCCCGGACAUCACCCCAAUAAUGCUGGCUGCUCAUACCAACAACUAUGAGAUCAUUAAACUUCUUGUACAGAGACGUGUAACAAUACCCCGCCCACAUCAGAUCCGGUGUAACUGUGUUGAAUGUGUCUCAAGUUCUGAGGUCGACAGUCUGAGACACUCUAGGUCAAGACUUAACAUCUAUAAAGCCCUAGCUAGCCCAUCCUUAAUUGCUCUAUCCAGUGAAGACCCCAUAUUGACAGCUUUCCGGCUUGGCUGGGAACUAAAAGAACUGAGUAAAGUGGAGAAUGAAUUUAAGGCAGAAUAUGAGGAGCUUUCACAGCAGUGUAAACUUUUUGCCAAAGAUCUCCUGGACCAGGCAAGGAGCUCAAGAGAACUGGAAAUUAUCCUUAAUCACAGGGACGACCAGAGUGAAGAACUCGAUCCCCAAAAAUGUCAUGACCUGGCCAAGUUGAAAUUAGCAAUAAAGUAUCAUCAAAAGGAGUUUGUUGCUCAGCCUAACUGUCAACAACUACUUGCAACACUUUGGUACGAUGGUUUUCCUGGUUGGAGGCGGCGACAUUGGGUAGUAAAGCUUAUGACUUGCAUAACCAUUGGACUGCUGUUUCCUGUAUUUUCCUUGGUAUACCUGAUUGCACCGAAAAGCAGGCUGGGACAGUUUAUCAAGAAUCCAUUUAUCAAAUUCAUCUGCCACACAGCAUCUUACCUAACCUUCCUGUUCCUGCUCCUGUUGGCUUCUCAGCACAUCCUCAGGACAGAUCUACAUAUGCAGGGACCUCCACCAACGAUUGUAGAAUGGAUGAUCUUGCCUUGGGUCCUGGGAUUCAUCUGGGCUGAAAUUAAAGAGAUGUGGGAUGGAGGAUUUAAUGAGUAUGUACAUGACUGGUGGAACCUGAUGGACUUUGCAAUGAACUCUCUCUAUCUUGCUACCAUCUCACUCAAAAUUGUGGCCUAUGUAAAGUACAAUGGUUACCGUCCUCGUGAAGACUGGGAUAUGUGGCACCCCACACUGAUUGCAGAAGCUCUAUUUGCAAUAGCCAAUAUUCUAAGUUCUCUGCGGCUCAUCUCUCUGUUUACAGCAAACUCACACCUUGGACCCUUGCAGAUCUCCCUUGGGCGUAUGUUGCUGGACAUUCUCAAAUUUCUCUUUAUCUACUGCCUGGUGCUGCUGGCCUUUGCCAAUGGACUUAAUCAGCUCUACUUUUAUUACGAGACUAGUGCCUCUGAGGAACCCAAUAACUGCAAAGGGAUUCGCUGUGAGAAGCAAAAUAAUGCAUUCUCAACGCUAUUUGAAACUCUCCAGUCCUUGUUUUGGUCAGUGUUUGGCCUGCUGAACCUGUAUGUCACAAAUGUAAAAGCACGACAUGAAUUCACAGAGUUUGUUGGUGCUACCAUGUUUGGAACGUACAAUGUCAUCUCCCUGGUGGUGCUGCUCAACAUGCUGAUAGCCAUGAUGAACAACUCCUACCAGCUGAUCGCUGAUCAUGCAGAUAUUGAAUGGAAGUUUGCACGAACGAAGCUCUGGAUGAGUUAUUUUGAUGAAGGUGCUACACUGCCUCCUCCCUUCAAUAUAAUUCCAAGUCCCAAAACAAUGUGGCAUAUCUGUGUAUGGCUCCACAAGAAGCUGUGGCAGGAUAAAGCAUCAGAAACAGAAGAAAAGCAUGAAAACCUCAAAACUUUCACAGAACGUCAUGCAGAUAACCUUAUUCAGAAUCAACAUUAUCAGGAAGUUAUUAGAAAUUUAGUGAAAAGAUAUGUUGCUGCCAUGAUUCGAAGUGCGAAAACCAAAGAGGGCCUAACGGAAGAAAACUUUAAGGAGCUGAAACAAGACAUUUCCAGCUUUCGCUAUGAAGUCCUUGACCUUUUAGGAAACCGCAAACCUCCCAGAAGGACCUACUCCAGCAGCAGCACAGAAAUAUCACAGAAGGAUGACAUGAAUGAGGACUACAAAGACAAGGCUAAAGCCAGAAGUGUGUCUUUCAAUGUGGACAAAAAAGAAGACUCUUUCACUGUAUCUGCUUUGAUUAAGACCAUGUCAGGGGUUGACAUUGUAGAUGAGAAACCAAAAAACAAUGGACUAAAACGGUCAUUUAUUAAAAAUGGCAACAGGCUUGAAAGGCUAUCCAGUUCCAAGAAAGAAUCUUUCAAAAGACUUGGUCUUCUGUUCUCCAAGAUGAAUGGACAUCUUUCAGAGCAGAAUCAAGAGCCCAUGUACACCAUAUCAGAUGGGCUCAUUCAGCCACAUAGUAUGUGGCAGGAGAGUACAUUUUCUCCCAAUGCAAAUGACCGGGUGAUCACCAGAAGUGAGAUUAACCUCCAUGAGGUAGGACUGGCUGAGUCUAGCAAAAUAAAUAGCAGAGACACUGACUGCCCACCUGCUUGUACCAACUCUGUUCACUGUGCUUCCAGCAUCUGUUCCUCCAAUUCCAAACUCAUAGACUCAACAGAGGAUGUGUUUGGCAGCUGGGGGGACACAUGUGACUUAAUUACACACAGAUGGAAAGAUGGACAGGAAAGCAAUGUUACAACACGAUUAUAGUGGAUACCUUUCAAUGUAGCACCUCUUAUACGAGUCCAGCACUAACUUUUAUCAUGUUUUCUUAACAGUAUUCCAGUUCAAAGGUCUCAGUUGACUACAGCAGUCACAUAAUUUUCUACAAGGACACUGAAGUCGUCAGUAGGGUGCAAACUAGGGUCACAAGAACUAUCAGGAAAAAGUGAUGUGACAGCUAAGUCAGUACAAGUCUUUAACAUUCUCACCCUGGAGGAAGGUAGAAUAAUGGAAAUAUGAAUUCAGUCUUUUUUAUACUAAACAAUAUAAAAACGGUACUGAGCAUAUGGUGGCAUGUAAUGUUGUCCAUCUGGGUUAGUACAACUGGUAAAUUAAAAUGAAUGAAAAUAUUUUACUUUCUAAGAAGGUGGUGAACUGAAACAGUCUGCCAUGGAAAACAGAGGCUAUGAAAACAGUGCAGAUGCCCAGGGUGAGUUUGUACAAAGAUCUAUUUAACUACUGGAAUCGCUGAUUGCUUUAUAUCACAUAGCCUUCAGAACUGCAAUGGAUUAGCACAUAUUUGCACAUACUACUACUUUUCAACCCUUUCUGCAAAGGGGUUGUGAGAUGAUGAAAAGAGUGUAUUCUAAUCAUAAAGCAACAUGUUUAACGUUAAUAAUGAAUAUAGAAACUAUUUUUUCUAAUGUUCCAUCCUUAGAUGGAAUGUUUACCAGUGCUGUUUCACCCACUUCUUAUAGGGUAGUACUCCUUGCAAAAAUAAAAAUGCUUUGCUAAUUU